UCAGCCAACUCUGAGCAUUUUAAAUUUGGCGGGUAACUGGUGGAAGCGUACCGCAACGCCACCCAUUGUCACUCGAAUGUUCGGUCCAAUAUAAAUUCUGACUUGUGGCUGCGAUCUUUAGUCAGUGUUACAAACACCAUCGAUGAAUCGAGACCAGUGCUCAGGGUCAGCCAUAUCGAUACCCAUGUUUAGAGUAACUUUUGUCAACAAUCGCAUUGCAUGGACCAAAACACACUAUCAAGUCAAUCUUGUCUACGAUAGAAGAAAAUUUUACUCGUGAUAAAUUAGUUAAAAAAGUGAAUUACAUAUGUGACUCAACCACGUUGGAUUUUUCUACAAAAUAAUAGGGAUCCAACGAUCAAACCAAGAUGAACAACUUUUCAAGCAACGCUAUCGAUACUAAACGGUUGCAUAGGCGACUAGGUGAAAUAGUAAAAUCUAUUGAGGAAACGAAUAGCUAUGCUCUAACUGUCGCUGAAGUAUUUUCUAUUGAAAGAGAAACACUUCGUUCAAAGCUAAAAACUUACUGUGAGAAACUGAUUUUAGAAGAUCCUAUCUUUUAUGUACCAAAAACAGAGGAGUUAUUAUGGAGACAAGGAUAUCAUAAUGUUGUUGGACUUGUUAAUAAACUACAACAUGGAAAUCUAGAUGAAGAUGGAAAACUUUUAUUAGCAUCUCACUUGGAAAGUGGAAUUGGAUUUUAUCAAAAACUAAUAACUCAUUUACAUAAUAAAUUUUGUAUACAAGACCAACGAGUAGAUUAUACAUGCUGGUCAAAGGCUGGAAAUUUUACUGAAAAGUAUAACCAAGAUAAGCUUUCAACAGAAAUAAAAAAUUGCGUUUCCCGCUUUACUCAACGGUGUUACAUAUGUCUGGGAGAUUUAGCCAGAUACAGAUUAAAACUAAAUUUAGAGCCUGACUGGAAUCCAUCUAUUGCUUCAAGAUUUUAUAAAACGGCAAUAACAUUAGAUCCAAAAAAUGGAAUGCCUUAUAAUCAAUUGGCGCAUCUUGCUGGAGACAAAAAUUAUGGAUUGGAUGCAGUUUAUUACUUUCUGAAAUGUACAAUUUGCCCAAAACCAUUUCCUGGUUCAGAGAGAAAUCUUGAGAGUACUAUUUUAAAAUAUUCUCGUGGCUCUACAGAUGAAGACAACAAUAUCAAAAAUUUUGUUGCAAAAUUUUGCAAAAUUUUGAUAUCAUGGCGUCAUAAAAGUUCUCAUUUCAAUAAUUCUCAUUUAAAAGAAAGUACAAUACAGCAAGACUUAGAGAAUUGCUUGAAUGCAAUAAAUUUGGACUUGAUUGAUCACAAAUCUAUAGAUAAUAAUAGUAUCUCUGAAAAUUCUUUGAAAAAUGAAAAAAACUAUUCUGCAAAUUAUUUUACUUUCAAAUUGAUGGCCAUUUGUUUAAUGGAGAUUUCUAAAAAGCAAAAUAAUGAUAAUCAUAGAGUAAUAAAAUUUAUGCUAGAAUUUGUUGAAGAGCUGUUGAAGUUUUCUAAUGGAAAAUUGCAAGAUUAUCUUUCAAAUGUGCCUCAAUUAAGUCCAUCUUCAAGUCGAAACAGUUUAAUAGAUGUCACAACAUGUGUCAAUCUUACUUCUGAUAUGAAUAUUAAAGAUGAUUCUACAAAAGAAAAACCAGAAGAAUUGAAUAUAAAAGAGAAUGGCAUUGAUGAUACACAAAAUGCUUUCAAAAAAGCCCUUCCAUUGAUUCUGAAAGGCAGAAGAAAACGGAGAGUGAAAAUUUAUUCUGAUUCUAGUGAUGAUGAGUCAGAUGAUGGAAUAUGUAAAAGUCCUUAUAGAAGGACAAAUGGAACAUACUAUAGUGAUGAAUCUUCAUCAGAUGAUGAGUUAUCUGAUUCUUCAGAUGAGGUUCAUACUGAUUACAGUACAACUACAGUAACGAGUGAAGAUCAAAAAGUUGGAAAAGAAAUUGAAGCUCAAUGUUCCAGCACAGUUGGUGAAAAUACUGUUUUUGCAAAAAAUAUAGAUAGUAGAAAGCCUCAACAAAGUCUUGAAAAUGUUAUUCAAGGUAUGGGAGAGGAAAAAAUGUUGAGUGCAAUAAAAAUUUUCUGUGACUGGUUACAUGGUAGACAGGAUGUUAUACAUACUUUUUCCAAUCAAUUAAAAACAGUUAUGGAACACUUUACAACUAUGUUGAACCUGAUAAACAUUGAUAGCUAUGAUGUCUUUCAAUCUUUUACUUUUGAGAAUGGUACUUCUUUGAAAAAUAACAUCAAACUUGAAGCAGCACCUUUACCAGAAGAUGUGGAGUUGAGAAAUAUGACAAUUUUUCAACAAGCUCAUUCUGAAAUUGACUGGGAAUUUUUUGUCACAAAAACAAUGACCCGUUGUGAGGAAGCUUAUUUGAGAGUAUCUAGAAUAAUUAAAUUUGGUAUGCAGUUAUGCUCUGUAAAAAAAUCAGGAUUAAGAUAUGAUGAAGAAAGUCAUACAUUCAUUUAUAAUUGUCCUGAAGAGCGAGAGUUUGUAAGAUCUCAAGUAUUGAAACCUCCACAGAAAAUAAUUAUCAAUCCCUCAAAAGAAUUACUCAUGAAAAAUAUGGCUCAAUUGUGGAGAGAAGAAAAAGAAGAGGAAAAUAAAUCCAAAGGAGAUGUUCAAUUAUUACCACCAUACUUAGUUCCUGAUCAUGAGGCUUUAACAAGAUAUCUGGCUAUCAUAAAACAUCUUGUUUACUCUAAACAAUUUAUCAUUGUCAUACCAUUAACAGUUUUAUCAGCUCUAGAUGAAAUGAAAAAGUUUAGUAUUCAAGCCAGAGAAGUUACUAGAUGGUUAGAGAAGCUGUUGAAAAAUGGAUCGCAAUACGUAAGGCUACAAAAGGAUAAUGAAAAACUACCUCUGCAAUUGGCACCACCCAAACGUGGAGAAAAAGUUAGUUGGCGGUACUAUAAUAUAUUCAAGUGUUGCCUAUUCUUCAGUGAGACCAAACCAGAAGAAGAUUUGGUGCGAUUGCUAACCGGUUUUUCUGAUAGCGGUUUAAAUUUAAACCACAUGAAUGAAUUAACAAACAGUACUGGCAUAAAGUAUGAGCAUAUUGGAUCUUUCCAUGCCAAGUGGAAAAAGGCUUUUGGAAAUCAUGGUUGAAAAGAUUUUUUUGCCAGAUGAAGCUGCAAUCGACUACGGUAUAAGUGCAUCCCAGCGCUUACCAAGGCUGAUGCCUUAUUAAGUACCAAGAAGAAGGACUGCAUUUUUCAGAUUUGGAGGAAUACCAAACUUUGAAGAAGAAUACAGUGGCUUGGGAAAGAAAUCCCUCAGAUUAAUGUCUGCUCAUCAAUUCUUUCAGCGAUCAUUGAGACUGCAAAUACUUGACACAAGAAACUUUCAUACUUGUAGAUAUUUUAACAAAAUUUGAAAAUUAUAUAAAUAAAAUAUUUGGUUUCAUUA